CCAAGCUUCUGUCUCUAUCUCUAUCUCUUGCGGAGCAGAGAGCGAUACAUAUAUAGCCCUUCGGUUAAAGCGACUUGCGCCUCCUGCCCUUCCUUCCGCCGUUCAGCUAUCUUGCCGCUGCAAGCGAUGGCGCUCGGGAAGAAUCCAAGCAUCGGCAAUGGCCACCGCGGCCGCCUCGUCUUCGCCUACUACAUCACCGGCCAUGGCUUCGGCCACGCCACCCGCGUCGUCGACGUUGUGCGGCAUCUCAUUGCUGCUGACCACGAUGUUCAUGUGGUAACAGGUGCUCCAGAGUUUGUGUUCACCACCGAGAUACAGUCUCCGAACCUCCAUAUACGCAAGGUUUUGUUGGACUGUGGUGCUGUGCAAGCUGAUGCUUUGACAGUCGAUCGUCUUGCCUCCUUGGAAAAGUAUCAUCAGACAGCUGUGGUACCUCGAACCUCCAUUUUGGCAACUGAAGUGGAAUGGCUGAAUUCUAUCAAAGCUGAUCUAGUGGUCUCAGAUGUCGUUCCUGUGGCAUGCCGAGCGGCAGCUGAUGCUGGGAUUCGUUCUGUUUGUGUCACUAAUUUCAGUUGGGAUUUUAUAUAUGCAGAGUAUGUGAUGGAAGCAGGGCAUCAUCAUCGGUCAAUCGUUUGGCAGAUUGCCGAAGAUUACUCCCACUGUGAAUUCUUACUCCGGCUUCCUGGAUAUUGCCCUAUGCCGGCUUUCCGUGAUGUUAUUGAUGUUCCUCUAGUUGUGAGAAGGUUGCACAAAUCUCGCUUUGAGGUUAGGGAGGAAUUGGGAAUUGGAAAUGAUGUGAAAGUUGUUAUCUUCAAUUUUGGAGGACAGCCAGCAGGAUGGAAUCUAAAGCAAGAGUGGCUACCAGCUGGUUGGUUAUGUCUGGUCUGUGGUGCAUCAGACAAUCAAGAGCUUCCUCCAAACUUCAUAAAGCUUGCAAAAGAUAUGUACACGCCUGAUAUAAUUGCAGCUUCUGACUGCAUGCUUGGAAAAAUCGGGUAUGGCACGUUUAGUGAAGCUUUGGCAUACAAGUUGCCCUUUGUCUUUGUGCGCAGAGAUUAUUUUAAUGAAGAACCAUUUCUACGCAAUAUGCUUGAGUAUUACCAAGGUGGGGUUGAGAUGAUUAGGAGGGAUUUGCUCACUGGACACUGGGCUCCAUAUCUUGAGCGUGCACUCACUCUUAAACCAUGCUAUGAGGGAGGGACUAAUGGUGGCGAGGUAACAGCCCACAUACUGCAGGAUACUGCUAUUGGAAAAAAGUGUGCUUCAGACAAGUUGAGUGGAGCAAGGCGACUGCGUGAUGCUAUAGUACUUGGUUAUCAACUACAAAGAGCUCCAGGAAGAGAUCUAGGUGUACCUGAUUGGUAUUCUCUGGCUGAAAAUGAAGUUGGCCUUCGUCCGGCAUUAACAAAUAUUGUGAUGAAUGGAAAAGCCUCGCUUGUUGAAUCAUGCUUUGAGGGCUUUGAGAUUCUUCACGGAGAAUUGCACGAUUUGCCUGAUACAAUGGCUUUUCUGAGGAGCUUAUCAGCACUAGAUUCUGUAGCUGAACCGAGGAGUCCUGAGAAGCGCCAAAUACGAGAGCGAGUUGCUGCAGCAGCACUCUUUGACUGGGAGGAAGAAAUUUAUGUGGCUAGAGCACCCGGAAGAUUGGAUGUUAUGGGAGGAAUUGCAGAUUAUUCAGGGAGCCUUGUUUUGCAGAUGCCUAUUAGAGAGGCCUGCCAUGUUGCUGUUCAGAAGAACCAUCCUAACAAGCAGAAGCUUUGGAAACAUGCUCAAGCACGACAGCGGGCCAAAGGACAAGGACCUAUUCCUGUGCUGCAAAUUGUAUCAUUUGGGUCUGAGUUGAGCAACCGUGCUCCAACAUUCGAUAUGGACCUACCGGAUUUAAUGGAUGGUGAUCAACCAUUGUCAUAUGAAAAUGCCUAUAAAUAUUUUGCACAGGAUCCAUGUCAAAAGUGGGCAGCCUAUGUUGCUGGAACAAUUCUUGUUUUGAUGUCUGAGCUUGGUGUGCGUUUUACUGAAAGCAUAAGCAUCCUGGUCUCUUCAGCUGUUCCAGAGGGCAAAGGUGUUUCUUCUUCUGCAUCAGUCGAAGUGGCUACCAUGUCUGCUAUUGCUGCUGCCCAUGGACUGAAUAUUCAACCAAGAGAUCUUGCAUUGCUUUGUCAGAAGGUCGAGAAUCACAUCGUUGGAGCUCCUUGUGGGGUAAUGGACCAAAUGACAUCUGCUUGCGGUGAAGCUAACAAACUUCUUGCUAUGGUUUGCCAGCCUGCAGAAGUAAAGGAAUUGGUUACAAUUCCAACUCACAUCCGAUUUUGGGGUCUUGAUUCUGGAAUUCGGCACAGUGUUGGCGGCACUGAUUAUGGAUCUGUGAGAAUAGGAGCCUUUAUGGGGCGUAAGAUAAUCAAAUCUGCAGCAGAUGCUUUGUUAUCCCACUCUUUGGCUGGCAUAAAUUCUUCUCAGCAAAGUGAUGUAAUAAAUUCGGAUGAGUUUGAAGAGCAUGGAUUUGAUCUACUGAAGAAAGAAGCUUCAUUAUGCUACUUGUGUAAUCUAUCAACUCACAGAUAUGAAGCUGUUUAUGCAAAGAAAAUUCCAGCGGACAUAACUGGAGAGUCUUUCUUAAAGACAUAUACUGACCAUGAUGAUACAGUAACAAUGAUUGUCCCAAAGCGCACCUAUGCGGUCAAGGCUCCUACUAAACAUCCCAUAUAUGAAAAUUUCCGUGUUGAGGCCUUUAAAGCACUAUUAACUGCAGCAACUACAGAUGAACAACUCUCUGCACUUGGAGAACUUAUGUAUCAGUGUCAUUAUAGCUACAGUGACUGUGGACUUGGCUCAAAUGGGACCGAUAGACUAGUUAAGUUAGUGCAAGAAGUGCAGCAUCGUAAAACAUCACAUGAUGUAAGUACAAGUUUGUUUGGUGCAAAAAUCACUGGCGGUGGUUCAGGUGGCUCCGUAUGUGUCAUGGGGAGAAACUGCAUUCGGAGCAACGAAGAAAUUUUAGAGAUUCAGCAGAAGUAUAAAGGAGCAACCGGUUAUCUUCCAAUUAUCUUUGAGGGUUCAUCACCAGGUGCUGGAAAGUUCGGUUACCUAAAAAUCCGUCGCCUAACAUAAUCUGAUGGUAAUGCAAAAAGAAAUAAACUAUGUCCAAAGUGGUUCAUUUGGGCACUAAUUUAGGGCUGAAAUAAACUUCUAAAUUUUCUUGUUCUAAUUGGGCACAUACUUGAUGCUGAUCAUCUUGUUUUUUCUGUGGCCAAGAAAAUGUUAAGCUGUGGGAAUUUCUCGUUUUGUUGCACAAAUGUUUAUAUGGGAACGAAUUUAUGUUGCAUGCUAAUAUUCAUGAUAAUAUUUUAAUGUGAUGAGUUAAGUUGUCUA